AAGACAAAAUGAGAUAAUAAAAAUAAUAAGAUAAUAACAUAAUAAAAUCCAUAAUAUAUUAUAUAAGAUCAUAUGAAAAAGGAUACGGUUCAUUUUUUAAUUAAAUUAUGUCAACAAAUUAUCCAUACGUAUACCAAAUAUGUUUGGAUAUGGAACAAAUUGGAGAAUCACAUACAAAUCUUGUGGGUUUUAAACCACUCACUAUUUUAAUGGAAAUCAUUGGAGCAAUACUAAUAAUUUUGGUUGUAAUUUGGUGUGGUAAAUAUAGACAUGGCUUUACUUGGAGUUCUAAUCCAGCAUUAGAAUUCAAUUGGCAUCCUCUUUUAAUGGUUAUUGGAUUCGUUUUUUUAUAUGCCAAUGGUAUGUUAAUAUAUAGAACACAAAGAAAUACUCGAAAACGAAGACUGAAACUGAUCCAUGCAGGCAUAAUGUUAUUAACUAUAGCAUUAGUUGUAAUUUCUCUUGUGGCUGUGUUUGACAGCCACAACUUGAAUCCAGUACCAAUUCCAAACAUGUAUAGUCUUCACAGUUGGAUUGGGAUCACUAGUGUAAUUUUAUUUUGCUGUCAGUGGCUUGCUGGCUUUCUGUCUUUCCUGUUUCCGGGAUUACAAGUUUCAUUACGAUCCGCUUACAUGCCAAUUCAUGUGUACUUUGGAAUUACAGGAUUUGUUGGUGUAAUUGCUUCUUGUCUCUUAGGGCUUAAUGAAAAAGCAAUUUUUGCUCUAGGAAAUGAUUAUUCACAACUUGUUGGUGAAGCAGUGUUAAUUAAUGUAAUUGGACUUCUCUUAAUCCUUUUUGGUGGAUUAGCAGUUUAUUUGGUGACACGAGAACAUUAUAAACGUUUUCCUAAACCAGAAGAUGAAGCAUUAGUUGGUAGCAGAACUCAACGUCCUCAAGCGUCAAUCUCGACGAACAUUGUGCGUUCAAUGGUUAACCAAAUUCCUGUGCCGCAGGCCAAAUAUGAAUUGUUAACAGACGUUCGCCAACCACGUUGGAGAACACAAAUUGUUUGCUUGGUAUUAGUAUCUUUGGUACUUGGAGCUCUUUUCGUGACACGUGCGUGGUUAGGGAUUAUUAUCCUUCGCUCUCCAAGAGCGAAAACAUUUGAUACAGAAACAUCAGCGGACAAUGCCAAGAUUGCUACGUGGUUACGUCGGGCUCGGAUGUACGCCGAGUCGACGAAGGAGAACCAGAAUGCGGACAGGAACAACAGCAUCAGUUCGCCACAACACUACUACACCAAUUCCUCAGGGCAGAUCAUUGUCUGUUAUUACACCAUAUCGAGCGACCUGAACACGUUCUGGGAGCUCAGUCCGUCGCACAUUGACCCUUAUCUUUGUACGCAUAUUAUCGUGGGUUUUGCGGGCGUGGUGAAUUGCAGCCUUGAUUUGGGCAGCAAUUCAUUGAUCUACAAAGAAGUCAUUGCUUUGAAGAAGCUACAACCUCAAUUAAGGGUCAUGAUUAGUGCUGGCGGUAGUAAUGAGCUCCAUUUAGGUUUUUCAGAAAUGGUAAAAAAUCAUGCAAAUAGGAAAAGAUUUAUAAAGUCUGUUUUAAAUGUGACAAAGACAUUUGGGUUUGAUGGAUUAGACUUAGAUUGGGAAUUCCCUGCAUGGCUCGGAGCCGAUGAACGUGAAAAGAUUCGUUUCGUACAAUUAUUAGAGGAAUUGCGAAGAGAAUUUUACCGCGCCAAAGAAAUGUUGAUUUUAUCUGUUGCGGUAGCUGCUCCCCAAGCUAUUGUUGAUCAAAGUUAUAUAGUCGCAGAAAUGGCAAAGUAUGUAGAUUUUGUGAACUUGAUGUCAUAUGACUAUCAUUUUUAUGUGUGGUACUAUCCAAUUACUGGACUGAAUGCACCGCUUUUCUCACGCGCUGCUGAAUCUGGCUAUCUUUCUACCUUAAAUGUUAAUUUCUCAGUUCAUUAUUGGCUUUCAAAAGGGAUGCCAAGAGAAAAAUUAAUUGUGGGUAUUCCUACCUACGGUCAUACCUAUAGCCUGGACAAUCCGUUGAAUCAUGAUUUACUCGCACCAGCAAAUGGCUUUGGACAAUUGGGAAAUGUAGGUUUUGUUUCGUAUCCCAUAAUUUGUGAGUUCCUUCAAAAUGGUGCAAAAAGCGUUUUUGAACGAGAAAGUAAAGUUCCCUAUGCUUACAAAGAUAGAGAAUGGAUCUCUUACGACGAUAUUACAAGCGUUUACUAUAAGGCUGAAUGGAUUCGUGCAAACAAUUUUGGAGGUGCAAUGAUAUUGUCUUUAAAUGUUGACGAUUGGAAUAAUACAUGUAAAUUCAAUGAAAGUUUUCCUUUAACUCGUACUAUUAGCAAGAUCCUCAGGUAUCAAGAAGAUUAAUGCAUUUUCAUUUGUCUUUUUUUAUAAUGAUUCACAUUCCAAACAAGAAAAGUUGCAUUCCUUGAAUAAUAUUUGAUUAAUUACUAUUUGUAAUUACUUUUUUUAAACUUCUUACAGUAUUAAAAAAUAUUGUUUAUUCUUUAAAAAAUGUUCAUGCCAUAAAGUACAAUUAUAAUUUUAAAUUAAAGCUAUUAAAUCAAAUAUUAUUAAUCAUAUAUUUAAUUAUUUAUUUCUGUCAUAUUUUAUUUCUUAUUAUUAAAAUAUAAUUUAUAAACAUAUAGGAAAAAAUUAAAGAUAAAUAAUAGAAAAUUUAUUAGCGAGAGUAAUAGUUACGUCUAAAUCAAAUCUCCUUAGAAAUUUUUGAUGGUCACGUAUAACAGAUUGCGCUUUUGUUAUGAAAUUCUAAAGUACAUAAAUGUAGAUAUAAAUAUGGAUAUUAUUAGAAGAAAUUAUCCUCACUUACUCUUUUUUCCAAACAAUGCUUUAAUAUCCGAUAACUAACUACUGGAUAUCUGGAUAGCUUUGCCACUUGCGGUCUUAUUAACUAUACGCAGAUUAAAUUGAGUCCUUACCAUAAAUCGUUCAUAAAUAAAGUAAAAAUGGCAUCGAGCUAAUUGCUUUCAACGAUCCUCGCUAUCAAUAUAUCGUCACAUACAUAUUGUAUUCAUAUGGAUACAAGAAAUAUUAAGAAAAAAUAUUUCCUCUUAUACAAAUUGUUACCAAAUAUUAUUAAUUAUAGUUAACAAUAAUUAUUAUAUUUAUUUAUUUCCAUUGUUGUUCCAUUUUAUUUCACUUCUUUUGAUUGAAAUAUAUUUUAAUUUAAAAUAUAAACUUGUUUUCUAUUUUGCAUAUACAGAUAUAUUAAUCUAAAAAGUCGUCUUAAAAAAGAGAAUUAAAGAAAUUAAAAUAAUAUAAAAAAUUAAAUGUUAAAUAUUAUUUUAAAAAUUGUAAAGCAUUAUGAGCUAAUAAUUUUGGAGGGAUUUAAUAUUAAUUUAUAAUAUAGUACUUAAUAAUAAGUACUACAAUAAGCAAAAAUACGAAAUUUUUAAAAUUAAUAUUUUAAAUAUUUGUCAAAACUUUUAAAAAAUAAUGUUAUUGCGCGAAAUGUUAUAUUUAUAUUAAUGCAACGUAUUUUUAAUUUCAACAAAAGUAAAGAAAUAAUUUGAACUAUAUUAUUUAUUUUAAAAAUAUAGAAACGAUUUUUCUUACUUUUUUUCGAAUUAAUCAAACUAGAAAAAUGUGCCAUAGUACCGUAAAUUUAAAGAAAUAGUUUUAUGUUAAAUUUAAAAAUAUUUAUUGUAUAUAUAUAUAUAUUGUCAGAUUGUGAUGAAGUUGUCUAUUAGAAUGAAAAUAACAACUACCAUGUUAUUUAUUUAAUAUUAAUAAUAAAAAGUAUAUUGUUAAAAAUUAUUGCAAUAAAACUAAGAAAAAUAAGUUGUGGCGUAAUGAAAAUUAGUUAUUGCUAUAACCAAAACCUAGCAGAUCUAACGGAGCAAAGAAAAGAAUGCAGCUUGUACUCGUAAAAAAAAUAGAACAAGUUUAUUAACAAUUAAAAUUUAUUACGAAGAGAAUAAAACAAAAAACAAUAUACUUAGUUUAUCGUAAAAUAAACGGUAUUCUCUUAGUUUUACUGCGGUAAAUGUAAAGAGUUCUAUGAGAUAGUUGUAAGCGUCAAGAUUUCGUCCAUGUUCGAGCAAAAUUUUCGAUUAAUAAAUAUAUAUGUAACUUUUUCAUUUCACUAUGCAUAUCUUCUAUCUAUGUAAUAAAAAGCUUAAUAAAAAGUACUAACUCAAUUUAA